AUGUUGUAUGGACAACACAACAAUGCAACUGCUGGUGUAGAACUACUUGUGGAUAACGUUGCUGAUGAGGAACGAAGAAUCAUGAAUAGCCUAGAGCAAGAGGAAUACGAUGAAAAUUCUUACCAAUCGGACAAUGAAUACGAAGAUGUUCUGAAUACAACUCAAGACUCUGCAUCCUCGUCGGCGUAUUUAAAUCAGUCUAAUUCGGACGUUGAGACUAGGGAACGAGAACGAGAAGAAGACUCUCAGGAAAUGCUGGGUCUAUUCUUGAAUUUCUUGAGGGAUAACGAACUCAAUGAAACAGCCGAGAAGUUAAUGCAAGAAUUAAAGUCAAGCACAAGCAGACGAUCAUCUAAAGCAAAUACUCCUCAAACAGCUUCAAGACCAUCCAUGAAAGGAUACUCUGCGGAAAAAGUUACAGAGCCAGAAUUUGAACAAGUUGCUGAAGUGGUUAACGACGUAGUCCAAAGCGUUGUUUCCGAUUUUUAUAACAGUCAUCAGGCAGACACUAAGCAUUACAAUCAUAGAAUAACACCAACCAACAGCGCAAAGAGAGUAUUAACGAGUCACUCUCAUCAUUCGAAACAGUCCAUAGAGGACGAAGAGGAAGAAGAAUUCGAACGGCCUGAUAGCUCUUCUUUCAUGAAAGAAUUACAGGAUUUUGCACACAUGUAUGAUACUGCAGAUGGAGAUAUUGCACCUCUUAACACAGACGACCUCUAUGAAACAUUCGAACAACACAUUGAACAAGAGUUAAAAUCGUUAGAGCUUCCACCCAAUGAAUCUCGAACUUUGGAAGUAUCUCAACCCACAAAACCAGAUAAGGACGCCAAAGACGAUGACUAUGCAAGCGACAGUGAUGAAGAGGGAUAUAGUAGAUGCUCCGAUUUUACAGAGGAAGAUUUCAAGUCGUGGGGACCCACAUAUAUUGAAGAAGAAGAAGCUCCAGAAAUUGAAGACAGAAGAACCAAAUGGAGGCCGCCUGUGGAAUACGAAACCAUCUAUUUGCCUGUAAUAAGAGAAACAUUCAAAACAGGUUUUGAAGAAACCAAUGAAUUCAAAAUUGAAGUGGACUCGAUCAUUGCAGAACGAUAUCAAGUGAUUGAAUAUUUAGGAAGUGCAACAUUUAGCAGAGCCAUUCAAUGCUUGGAUUUACGAACCAAUCAGAAUGUUUGUAUCAAAAUUAUUAAGAAUGAUAAGGACUUCUUUGAUCAAAGCUUGGAUGAAAUUAAGCUAUUACGAUUCUUGAACAGCAUGGGUGAUCCUGAUGCCAUGAACGUGAUCAAGUUGAAUGACUUCUUUUACUACAAGGAACACUUGUUCAUUGUAUGUGAAUUGCUACGAGACAAUUUGUAUGAAUUUUAUGUCUAUAAUAGAGAGAGUGGAGAUGAAUUGUAUUUUAACUUACCAAGGCUUCAAAGAAUUACAAGGCAAUUAUUGACAGCUUUGCAAUUCGUUCAUUCACUGAAUUUAAUUCAUUGCGAUCUAAAACCUGAGAAUAUUCUCAUCAAAUCGUAUAGCAAGUGCCAAGUGAAAAUCAUUGAUUUUGGUUCAUCAUGCUUUAAAUGGGAUAAUUUACCUCUUUAUGCCCAAUCUAGAACGUACAGAGCUCCAGAGGUGGUCAUUGGGAGCGAUUAUGAUGAAAAGAUUGACAUGUGGUCAUUGGGUUGCAUUUUAGCUGAAUUAUUCACUGGAAAGGUUCUCUUUUACAAUCAUUCGAUCCAAACCAUGCUUGCUAAAAUUCUAGCCUUGUGUGGUCCUUUCAAACUUCAUCAACUCCAAAGAGGAAGAUUUGUUAAGGACUUUUUCAGGAAGGUCAAAGUGGAUGGAAAAACAGAAUAUGUCUUGUUCAGAUACAUUGAUAGAGACACUGGAAAGACAAUACCACCAUCUGGUGUUGGCAAUGUGUCACCUAAUGACAAUGUAUUUGAGGAAUUACUGAUACCAGAAUACAAACAAAACUUGAAGGAACGGUUAGAUAACUGCCAAGAUGAUGAGUUUGUUGAUUUUAUAAGGCAGUGCUUACAAAUUGAUCCCAUUGAUAGACUGGAUGUUCAGACUGCAUUCAAUCAUCCUUGGAUGAAUAAGAAGUAUGAAGAGCAAGUGUAG